AUGGCGGCAAGCACUUACCAUCCAUCGACAAUGCGCGCUUGGACGUUCAGCAGCGGUGGUGCACCAGAGCAGGUCUUAUCAUUCAAUUCGUCCUUGUCUGCGCCCGCAACCCCAAAGGGCUCAGACGUCCUGAUCAGAAUAUCACACGCUUCACUCUCUUCUCCUGGCUUGAAUCUGAUGAGAGACAUUCCGUCUCUCUUAAGAAAAAACGCAAUACCGGAGCUCGACUUUUCUGGACGGGUGGUCGCGGCAGGUCCUGCUGUUCCAGCUGAAUUCGCUUCAGGAACGGCUGUGUUUGGUAGCGUUUCCAAGUUGGGCAGUAUCGUUCACAAUCAGGGAACGCUGGCGGAGUAUAUUGUGUUGAAUGUUGAUUGUAUCGCCGUCAAGCCGACCAAUAUGACAUUUGCAGAAGCCGCUUGUUUAAGCUGCCUUGGACAAGUUGCACUGGAAAUGGUCCGUCAGGCUAAGAUAAAAAAGGGCGAUCGAGUUCUUGUCAAUGGAGGUAGUGGUGCGGUGGGAGCAGCCGCCAUCCAGCUCUGUAAGGACUUGGGCAGUUUUGUGGUGACAACGUGCUCCACCAAACACGUCGAUAGGAUGAAGCAGACUUUAGGAGUAGAUGAGGCGAGUGCAUCUGAUUUCAUAUCUGCUACUGACAACAAAGAAAUGGCUAACCUCUUCUCGUUCAAGAUGCAGAUUAUUGAUUACUCUCAAGUCAACUCUGUACCUACCGCCCUUGAGACAUCUUACCACGCGAGCCAAUUUGACGCAAUCCUAGAUGUGGUAGGUUCCCAAGAGCUGUUUCGGCGAUGUCCAAAGUAUCUCAAGCCUGAAGGCUUGUUCAUCAACGUCGGCGACGGCGACGCUCAAUCUGGUCGGCUUGGUUUCAUUCUACGCACACUUCGAAAUUUGUUUCAACCGGCCAUCUUAGGUGGCAUACCGAGGCGAUAUAUGACGUUUAGCGCGCCUCUGAGCGGACAAAAUGCGGCGCACCUCGCAGACUUGGCUUCGAGCGGCAAGCUGCAAGUGUUGAUUGACUCAACCUUCUCAUUAGAAGACGUCAUUAGCGGAUACAAACGCUACAAAAGCGGCCAAGCUCAGGGCAGAGUUGUUAUUGAAAUAGCGAAUAUGGAUAAACAAGGUCAAUAA